AUGGCGAACCACGACGCAGAACACUCUUCGUUGAAUGAAAGUGUCGGUAGAGAAGAGGCUGGCACCAGCAACCUGGCUACUGUCGCCGUGUCAACCCCGCGGAGAGACGCCACAAAUCGUCUGUCCGACUUCUCUACAACCAAGAGGGACCCUAUCCUUCCGUGCCAUGUUAUUCCAAAUGCUAGGAAUCGGGAUUUUCACGGCCGGCAGGACUCGCUCCAGAUGAUUGAGGAGAUCCUCGCACCAAUAGAUCCGAACGGAGAAGCAAGAAAGAACGUCAAGUCGCUGGCGAUUUGCGGCCCCGGUGGUGUGGGGAAGACACAGCUCGCCAACGAGUUCGUGCACUCUCGCGCCGACCUCUAUGAAGCAAUCAUAUGGGUUCACGCAGAGGAAGCCACAACACUGGCAGACGAGUUCAGCAGGGCCGCCGAGACUCUUGGUCUAGUUCUUGAAGGGACCGCGGACGCCAAGGAUCCGGUUGUCACUCGAGAGCUAGUCAAAGGCUGGCUGGCAGAGCCUGUGCGGUCGCACAACAGAGUUGACAACACUUACGAUGACGAAGUACCCUGGCUGCUGGUUUUUGACAACGUCAACGACCCUGAUCUGAUUUCCGACUACUUGCCACCCGCUGGCAGUAAUGGUUCAGUUCUCCUGACGAGUAGGGAUAGUCUGGCAAAGACGCCAUUCUACCAUGUCGAGAACGGCGUGGACUUGUCCCCAAUGAAGGAGGAGGAUGCCUCAGCAUUAUUGCUGAAAUUGACCUGGCGUGAGGGCGACCCUCAAGAGGAAAAGCUCAGCUUCUCAGUAGCCGAGGUGCUUGGAGGCAUGCCUCUUGCUUUGACUCAGAUGGCGGGCGUGAUGGUUCGACAAAACCUCUCCUUCGCUGACUUUUUGAAGAGGUACGAGGAGGAAGAGGCCCAUAACCUGCUCUUUGAACUUUCCCUGGAGCCCAGCCACAAACGUGCCAAUUACGGGUACAACCUUGCUUCAGUUUGGUCUCUGGAGGGACUCGAGCACAGCGCCGGCCUUUUAGACGUUAUGGCAUACCUUGACCCUGACGACAUUCCUGAAGGAUACCUGGAAGGGGCGGCUGGGCAAAUACAACUAGAUGACUACCCACAAACAGUCACGGCAUACCAGGACGCAAGGAGCGAGCUCCUCAAGUCAUCACUGAUCAUGCACAAUCGAUCAGAGUCGAGGUUCACCGUUCAUCGACUGAUACAAGAUUGCGCAAGAGCAAAGAUGUCAUCAGAAAGGUCAAAAUUGGUCUUCUCGGCUGCGGUGGGCAUAAUUUCGGCCAAGUGGCCAACAGCUGAGCCAGGCGUGCGCCAUCAGAUCGCUCGUUGGAAGCAGUGCGAAGCACUGUCUCCGCACAUUCUACGCCUCAAAGAAUACUAUGCACGAGCUGGGAAAACAUUGAAAGCUUUGCUCAUCGACGACUUGGUCUUCGCCUCGCUCCUGAAUGAGCUGGGAUGGUAUUUCCAGGAGAGAGGACACACGCUUGAGGCUGUCGAGUGCUACUCGGUUUCGCAGAAGAAUGUUGAACACAUCAUCAGCAAGGAGUCCGCCGACAAAAAGGACGGAGAGAGACAGCAUUCCAGUCUAGGGCUGCUCGCUGAGACACACAACAACAAUGCAGGGUCGGCCACAGAGCUUAACAAAGCGGAUGAUGCCUUGCAUCACUUCUUAAUCUACAACAGGAUGAUGGUUGAAGAGCACAUCGGGAAGGCUAUUAUCGAAGAUUCGAGACUAACGAGUUCCUAUUUUAACGUGGGCAUGAGCUAUAUUAUGAAGUCAGACUAUGAAACCGCGAUUCAAUGGUUGAAGAAGGCUCUGGAAGAAGCUGAGAGACUGAAGGAGCCUACCAAGGUCAAAACCGCCAGAAGCCUUGCAUUAAUCAACCUCGGCUUAGCAAGCUGGCUCCAGGGGAACCUUGACGAGUCAUUGGAGUGGCUCGAAACGGCACUGAUGGAGAGAGAAGAGAUGCUGGGACAAAACGACCGGCAGUCCAUGAUGUGA